UAUUUAGCGUUUUGGGCGAAAGAUAACUUCCGCUAAAUCAAGUACAUCGCUAAAUGCCAUGAAUAUUUGCAUAUGAAUAAUCACAUUCAGGAAUACGCUAAUUCAAAUCCACGCAAACUUGUUAAAAAUCUAGUUUCCGCAAAAUAUAGUACACAUGCCAAAUAUAAAACCUUUACAGUAAUACAAUAUAAUCUCAAUGUUGAUUUCUAUAGGAAAACUCCAACAGUAACCAAGAACAUACUAAAAACUCCAAACGUCCAUGUAUUAUUGUGAUCCUGUCAGUGUUUGCCGUUAUUAUAUCAACAACUGUUGCAACUAUUGCGGUCCUGUAUCUUCAAGGACAAGAUUCUCCCAACGAUAACGGAAAUAUGUUGCGCCUAAACCGAAGCUAUCUAAGAAAAAAUAAUGGAACCGAAAUCUUCAGUGACUGCAAAGAUCUAAAGCUAUUUGGAAACGAUAGUGAUGGACUGUACACUGUAUACCCCGACCCACUUACAGAGACGCCAAUCGUCGUUUACUGUGAUAUGACAACAGACGGUGGAGGAUGGACGGUGUUCCAACACAGACGAGACGGGUCUGUUAAUUUCUAUCGUCAAUGGGACAGUUACAAGAAUGGCUUUGGAGAGGCAUCAGGAGAGCAUUGGAUUGGUAACGACAAUCUUCACAAGCUAACUACUUUAGGAACCACCGAGUUGUAUGUCCGUCUAGAGGCAUUCAGUGGGGUCUGGUAUUACGCCAAAUAUAGCGACUUUAAAGUGGCUGAUGAAUCUGAUGAAUACAGACUGAGUCUUAAAGCCGGGUCGUAUAAGGGAAAUGCUGGCGACGGCAUGGACAAUCAUGGAAGUACAGAUCCAAGUGGCAUGCAAUUCAGCACCAUAGACAUUGAUAACGAUAACGCCACCGGGCGGUGUACUUUUGCUCGCCAGGGGGCGUGGUGGUAUAACCAAUGUACGCUGACAAACCUGAAUGGGAUUUAUGGGAACGGAGACUGUUUGACAGCUGAACAAUGUAACUUUUGGUAUCUGAUAAGUUCAAGCUAUGUCGGUGUGAAAACCUCCUAUAUUAUGGUUCGGCGUUUAGAAAAUCAAUUUUAUUGUGCAAAGUGUCCGUCCAGUAAAUGACACGAUGCGAGUACCAUUUUGUUAAUUAUGUAACGACAGCCUACAUAAUAGUCAGCAAUAUUUUUUUCACAACUCUUACAGAUAUGUUAGCUUUAAAUCAAUUGAAAACAAUAUAUACAUGUAUCAUUUCAUUGUAUUGUUACUUAUGUAUUUAUACUUUUUCCCUUGCACCAAU